CAUCGUUAUUAAUUUUUGUAAAUAUGGCUAUUCAACCUAAGACCGCCGCAUUGAUUACUGCUGGUGUUGCAGUCUCAGCAGGUAUUGGAUACAUGAUCUAUUUCGACCAUAAGAGACGUAAUGAUCCUACUCUCAAGAGAAAAAUUAAGAAAGAGAAGAAGAAGGCCCAAAAGCAAGAGAAGAAGGUCGAAGAACAAGUUAAACAAACUGCGCUUCAAAUCAUUGAAUCCGUUAUGGCCGCUGCCGAAAAGGAGCCUAUGCCAACCACUGCUGAAGCCAAGGAAAAGUAUUUUAUGGAACAAGUUGGUGCCGGUGAAAGCCUUUGCAACAGAGGCGAGGCAUUCUAUAAUGAUGCUGUCUUACCUUUUUACUUGGCUUUGAGAGUUUAUCCUGCCCCUAUGGAAUUGAUCAUGAUUUACCAAAAGACUGUGCCCGAGCCCGUUUUCCAAAUGAUUAUCAACAUUAUGGCACUUGAUCAACAAAAACGUCAAAACUUAUUCUACGAAAAGUUCCCUCCUAAGGAAACUCAUACCAGAUUAGCUGAGUUACCCGCUGGUGUCAACGAAGAGGGUAGCCCUAUUGUCCGCCGUUCUCUUGUUGCCGAUAAGGAUAUUGCUGAAGGCGAAGUUAUUUAUUCUGAACGUCCUCUUGUAUCUGCAUUGUACCCUGAGUUAGAAGGAUCUCAUUGUAACUUCUGUUUGAAACUCCUCAAUGCUGAAAACAAGGUUGAAUGUCCUACUUGUGACUUGAUUGCCUUCUGUAGUCAAGAAUGUUUAGCAAGUGCCAAUGAAGAUUACCAUAAAUAUCUUUGUUGUCAUAACAAGUCUACUGAAGUCAAGGAAGCUGACGAAGCCGAGGAAAAGAACAUUGCUUUAGAGUUCCACGAAACUUCCAAGGCCAAGAACACAAAGUAUCCUUAUAUGAUUGCUCGUUUCUUGUCUGCUAUGGUUACCGAAGAGUUGUCUAAGCAACAAUCAGAGGAAAAGAUUGGUGAAACUACAUUCGGUGCUUGGGAUCAUGUUGAUAGAUUUAGAUAUUUAGAGACCACUGCCAGUGCUGAUUCUACCUCUGAAAUUGCCAUGUUAAAGCAAGUGCUUGGACCCAAAGUUCAAGGCAUUAGCGAAUUUUUGUCUGAUGAGAUCUAUUUGAUGCUCAAGGGUAAGAUGCUUUUCAAUGCUUAUGGUAUUCCUGCCGCAUCAAAUGACACUCUUGUUCGCGAGUCUGAUGAACACGUCAGAUCGACUGAUAAGGAUGCCAAGUACAUCGGUGCUGGUCUUUACAAAAUUUCUACUUAUAUUGGACAAUCUGAUGACGCUGCUAACGUUAAGUUGACUUUUGAAAACGAUACUCUCACUGUUACUGCUAUCAAGCCCAUCAACAAGGACGAUGAACUUCUUGCUUCUUAUACAUUACCUAUCCCUAAAAAGAAUUAAUUCUCGUCUCUUUUUUAUAAUCCCUCAUCUUUUAUAUUUUCUAAAAUAAAUUAAAAUAGAACUUGUACAGUAAAAAACAAAGCGCCCGUAUUGUUGAUUGUCUACACUAUUACUGCAGGACGUAAUCAAGCUGUUCUUUGUUUACUUACAUGGUUUUUUUUUU